AUGCAUACACUUGUCUUCCUCAUACAUGUAGCAGUGGGAUUAAUUUCGUCAUCUGGAUACCAAAUCCUAUCUCAGAAUACGGAGACCGAUCAGGCUAAGGAGGUACCCAACUGCCAACAAAGUGGAACAUGUCAGCAGUAUCAAUCCAGUCGUGCAGUGGAUGGAGACAUUAACACAUGUACAAGGACAGCACCUAUUGGAACUACAACUUCAGAUGAAUGGACAUGGUGGUAUGUUGACCUUCAGAAAGUACUCAGCAUCUUCAGCAUCAGAAUACAGUUCAGUGACUAUGGAGAACAAUAUGCCAUGAGACAAAGAGGGCGUUUUGCUGGUUUUUCACUCUAUGUGUCAAACACAACUAUAAAGGAGGAUGGGUAUCUGUGUUACAAGGACGGACAGGAGUUACCGACCUUGGAUUUCAGUACCACUUGCGUCAAACAUGGACGUUACGUUAUAUUCUACAAUGAAAGACUUGACGGAACAACUUAUCCUACCGGAUAUGAAACAGCCGCAGUUCACACUGAAUUAUGUGAAGUAACUGUAACAGGUUGUAAAGAAUCGGAUGUGUUUGGAUAUAACUGUGAUCUACCCUGUCCAAACAACUGUCAGGAAUUGAGAUGUGACAUUGUCAACGGAAAAUGUUUGGGUUGUACUGCAGGAUGGGUGGGAGACUUCUGUAACAAAUCCUGUCCAGCUGGAUAUUACGGUCUACAGUGUAGAUCUACGUGUACUGGACACUGCAGAGACAACCUGUCCUGUAACCACACCACUGGACAAUGUGACUAUGGCUGUGGUAAUGGAUGGACAGGAACACAUUGUAACACACAGUGUCCUGCAGAAUCAUACGGUCCGGAUUGUGUGUAUAACUCUAGUGGACAGUGUCUGAGUUACCUCCCCUGUAACAGGACUACAGGAAGAUGUGACGGAGGCUGUAAUUCGGGAUAUACCGGGGAACUCUGCGAUAAAGUAUGUUCAAUUGGCCGGUACGGAUUGAAUUGUUCAGAGAACUGCAGUUCCCGUUGCCGAUCUGAAAGCAAUCAUUGUAACCAUAAAGACGGACAUUGUGAACAUGGAUGUGACGAUGGAUUCCAAGGAAGUAAAUGUGAAGAAAUUUGUAAUGAUGGCUGGUAUGGAGAAAACUGCUCUACACGAUGCAACGAGAACUGUGUCAACCAGUCAUGUGAUCAUAUCACAGGCAGCUGUACAUACGGAUGUAAACCGGGAUGGAGGACUCCUCACUGCAAACAGAAAUGCUCUGUGGGAACGUACGGCAAAGAUUGUGGAAAUAACUGCAGCAGUCAUUGCAGAAACAUGACAUGUAAUCCAAUCAAUGGAUCGUGUCUGGGGGGCUGUACAUCAGGAUACUUGGGAAGUUUAUGCAACAAAUCAUGUGACGAAGGAACAUAUGGACUCAACUGCUCCCAGAAUUGUUCUCAGAAAUGCCUUGGGAAAUGUGAUAAUGUUGACGGAUCCUGCACGUGUUCCUCUGAGUUGAGAGGGUCCCCUGACUGUAGUGAAAAAUCUUCGCGGUCAGGGGGUUCUGCAGCACAGUCCGAUACGACAGACUCUGGUGCAGUAACAGGAGCCGUGGGAGGGGCUGUGGGUGCAGUGGGUCUUAUUGCUGUACUCAUCACAGGGAUACUGUUUAUACGAUGGAGAAGAAAGAAGGAGAGAAAGCAUGAAGAUACGGAGACGGUAACAUUUUCGUCUGUCACAGAAACGUUACCAAUAGGUGAUAAAAGACAUGAAGAGAUGGAAAUGAGUGAAAUCGGAAACCCAGGCUUAGAAUUAAAAACUGAGGGGGGAAUGCUAACGACGAAUACUAAAAUAGACAUAUCCGUCGCGGAUUUUGAUAAAGCAAUAGUUGUUUUGUCUGAAAAUCAGAAUGCCAAGUUUAAAGAAGAAUACAUGACAAUUCCUAGAGGAGAACUACACUCAUGUAAUGAAGGAAAGAAACAGGAAAAUGUUGCCAAAAAUCGAUACACCACGAUAUUCCCGUAUGACCAUUCACGUGUUGUUCUGGAAACAUCGCCAAAAGAGUCAGACUACAUUAACGCGAAUUAUAUUGAGGAUGUGCAAGGAAAGAAAUCGUAUAUUGCAACGCAAGGACCAAAAUCUAAGACAACUGUUGAUUUCUGGAAAAUGGUGUGGCAAGAAGACAUUAGUGUAAUUGUUUGUCUGACGAACCUCAAAGAGGGAAAUAAGAACAAAUGUGCCCAAUACUGGCCAAAUUUCAGUGACAAGAUAAAGAAAGGCAACAUCAGCAUACGAAACCAGAAAGAAAACGUAUACGCUGACUACGUCAUCAGACAUUUUCGCUUGCAAAACAGCGCCGAUAAAGUUGAGCGUGACGUGUGUAUGUUCCACUACACGCAGUGGCCAGACCACGGUGUCCCAGAACCGCUGGCUCUCGUGGUAUUCCAUCGACACGUUCUGAAAACUUCUGUCGAACAUCCAGGGAAGUACACUCUUGUCCACUGCAGCGCUGGGAUUGGUAGGACAGGGACGUACAUAGCAUUGGAUGCGCUUAAUAAGGGAGGGAAGAUUACCGGGAAAGUUAAUAUCCGGCAGUUUGUAGAAACGAUGAGAAACAGCCGUGCUAACAUGCUCCAGGGCGACGAUCAAUACAGAGUUGCUUACUUGGCAUUACUUGAAUCAUUCCGAGGAAAAGGAAGGUCUGUAUCAACCAGGACAUUUCUACGAGAAUUCCAGGAUCAUUCCUGUUAUAUCAAUCUCGGAGAAGUAGCCAAUAAAUCACCACUUUCUGCUGAAUUUCAGGACCUGUUGUCCAGAAGACGAGAAUACACACAAGAAGACUACCAAACAGGGCGGCAAUACGUAUCGGCCAAUUACACACCCAGUGUUCUGCCUGUUGAAAGUUACAUGUGUCCAUUGUCAAACACUAAAGGGAAGAACACCUACUACAACGCAGUUUGUUUACAGUCUUUCACAAGAAAUGACCAUUUCAUCAGUGCUCAAUAUCCUCUCUCAGAUUACACAGAGGACUUCCUGAGACUUGUGAAGGCUUAUUAUGCACCUACAAUUGUAUCCCUGAGCCCGUUGGUGGAAAUCGAAUCGUCUUCACUUUGGCUUCCUGCUAAAAAUGAAAGCAAAAUGGUUGGAGCAUUCACGACUAAAAUGACAGAUUGUACACAAACAACCACAGUCACCAAGACUAGCAUUACUCUGCACCAAAAGGGAGCUAGUGGUAUGAGUGUUUGCGUACUGGAAUGUAGAAGAUGGAAAGGAGAAAGCGACUCCUCAAACCGGAGAGUUUUACUUGAUCUCGUCAAUGAAGCGAGGGUGGAGGAAAAGACCCACCCUGAGGGAAGGAUUCUAGUUCUGUCGAGUGAUGGGGCCAAUCGAUGUGGACAAUUCUUGGUUGUAUUCAAUGCUCUGGAACAACUUACCAUGGAUACAGAGGUGGACAUAUUUACAAUCACAAGACAACUCCAAAACCGACGGCCAGAGUUCAUAUCUUCUUUGGAAGAAUAUCAGUUUUGUUACGAGGCCAUUGCUGAUCAUCUCCAAAAUGACACUGUGUAUGCGAAUUGCUGAGGACCAGUCAAAGAGACUGUGACACCAACCAAUCUUCCUCCUAAUAACAAUGGAAACACGUUGAAGAAUUGUUUAAUUCACUGGAGACCAGUAUUAUAUAUGUACUGGUAAUAUUGACACACCCACACUUCACUUAUUGUAUUUGCUUAUUUCUUAUUAACUAUUCUUCUGCUUUUUGUUCUUCUGUCUUCAAAUGUCCGCAGCCGUUGUCCGUAACCAAUAGAUGAAAGUAUUAAAAACUAAAGGAUGUGACAAGGCAGUAUAUCUAGUUGUGUAGAAAUGUUUUUGUUAUCAGAUUAAAUGGGGUUAAGUUAUAUUUUUGGGGUGGGUCCAACAAAGCACUAUGUGUGGAAAAAUUAGUUCCGAAAUUCAAGAGAUAUAACUUCUUGUUUUUCAGUCUUAACAACAUUUAUUCAGGUAUAUAGUCAGGCUUUUACACAACCCUUACAACCCAACCUGACCAGGGGGUACAGGGUUUUAAGAAUUCCAACUAUUUCGCUUACACAUUCACACGGACAGACAUGCAUACUAAACGAUGGCUAGAAGUAAAGAAAGUAGAAAAAAUGACAAUGUACUCUGGCUGAGUUCAUAAACAUCAUAUUAUAAUAAUUAACAAUCAGAUAUAUGAUGCAAUACCAAGGUUGUUAUUUAAUAAAAUACUGCUUUAAA